AUAAAAUCUAUCGCACCUCCAAUGAUGGACGCUUGGUCCCCCUUUGGCUUUGAGCGUCCUGAGGUGGUCGUUCAUUUUUGAGACAGAAGAUCGGAUUUUUACCCUGAGAAAAGCUGAACGAGAGGAAUUGAAGAAGUUGGUUUGGUUCGAUUUAUUGAGAAAAUUGAUUUCCUUUUGAAUACAGUGAGGGAGGGAGGCAUGAGUGAUCUCAGAACACCAACGUGGUCUUUCAUUUGCUGGCAGCGGUUGCGUUUGACGGUAAUGUGGGUGAUGUGUUGAUUCUCUGUGUCUUCUUUACUCUUUAUCGGUCUCGUUCUCUUCCGCUUUCUUCUACAGUUCUCAGAUUUCGCCGGUGACUAUGACGACAUAUCUGCUCGCCUGCCGUCUCAUGGGUGACGCAACUCUCUAGCUCCGGUGGCGCGUGAACUUGGGUCUCUAUUGUUAUAGGCACGGACGGCUUUUCCCUCUUUUCUUCUUCACAUGGUUUCUUCUGGUUUUUGGUGUUUUUCAAGUGUCUGGAAACGCUUAUUGGCACGGGUGGCGGCGAGGCUGGGGCUUUCGCUGCUGGAGCGAGAGCUGAACUUGCGGUGCUCAUGUGGCGUCAGCGGCAGGCCAUGUCGGCGUGGGAGCACGGUCUGAAGAGGAGGUGUUUUUCACUUCCAUACCACCUGAGUUCUUGGAAUACACAGGCGAAAGCAGAGACUGUUGAAGCUGCUGCUGCUUGAAGACCCAGCUCGUUAGGGGUAUUUUAGUCAGAAAAAAAAACUUAAAUUGCAAAUAUGGACUAUUGUCCUAAAAUUCAAUUUCAAAAUUUUGUGAUGUUAUGUGAGAUGGUUAUCUGUGAUAUUUGGAGGCGCUUAUUUAUUAUUUUCCCCAUCUAAAACUGCAUUUUCUUCCUGUCUUCCCCAACCCUCAAUCCGGCAGGGACACCUUCCAGAAACACUCGUCCCGCGCCAUCAAAGGGAAGGCCUAGCUAAAAUUGAGUAGAGAAAUCAGAGAAGACCCACUUUUCAUUAGAGUGCGAGAUCUAAUUCGUCACUUCUCCAAGUUCUCGGAGGCAACAUCUCGACGUCGGACGCACUUUUCCCGGAAAAGACUUCCCACUCUGAAUUCUCAUCGUUUCCUGCUGCUUGGCCGCCGUUCAUUAGCUGGCUGAUUUCGACCUCUGAGCCGACACCUAGAGAGGAUGUCAGUUUUGAAGCGGUAUGUGCUGAGAUUAUUCAUAUCAAUCAAGUAUGUUACCGCGAAUGUUAUAGACAGAAACAAUGGACGGAUUGUGGCAACGGCUUCAACUGCAGAGCAUGCCAUCAAGGAAUCGCUAGAGUGUCGCCGCACCUGCAAUGCAAAAGCAGCAUAUGUUGUUGGAGAGGUAUUGGCCAUGCGGCUCAAGGUUGAGGGGCUUAAUGAAGGACAGGGAAGAGGCAUCCAUGUGAAUGUAAACAAGGAAAUAGAGAAGAAAGGCUUUAAGAGCCAAACCAAGGUCUGGGCCGUGGUUAAUGCUCUGAAAAGUUAUGGAGUUAAACUCAUCCUUGAUGAUUGUAACGAUGAUUCAAGUAAUUCUUGGUCGAGUCUUUAGCCUUCUCUAGGUCGUUUUGGUCCAUGUAUCUCAAGGAAUGAAGAUGUCAGGUACGCGUUUGAAAAUUUUGUAUGCAGUGUAUUUGUGCUUGGAAGAAGACACUUGCAAUAAACAAAAAAAUGCAUGGGAAGGAGUUUCACCUCAUUCUGUUGUAGCAAAUCAACAAUAGGCAUGGUUAUUGGAUAACACGCAAUGGAGCAUCAAAUUGCGUUUAGAUGCUCAUUUAUUGGAUUAAUGCAUGACAAAAUCGAUUGUUUUGUAUGCAACCUACUGGAUUCUAUGUGGGUUCCAGAUGCUGCACUUGUAUCGUGCAAUUAACACAGCAAUGCCAUUGCAACGAAGCUAAUAUGCUUCAAGUGGUCAGCCACUUGUUUUACUAUAUU